UAAAAAACCUGUAACCGUUGACUUCCAUUAAGUUAAACAAACACUAUGAAAGUCAAUGGAUACAGGUUUCCAACUUUCUUCCAAAUAUCUUCUUUUGUGUUUUUAACAGAAGUAAAACACUCAUGAAGGCUUGAAACAAGUAAAGGCUUAGUAAACAAUGAUAUAAUAUUCAUUUUUGUGUAAACUAUCCCUUUAAGUUUGGAAAUGCUCCAUCCGUUGACAGAGCCAUCGAAAUGCGCUACUGCAGUGAUGCACAACUAGUAAACGUAUUAACAUAUUGUUUGAAAGAGCUCCAGAGCUGAGUGCCAGUCUCAGGCGAAUGAUGCUGACUCAUUGUGGCGAUUCAGCGCAUAGAGAGCCAGACGGGAAGUGAACACCAUCUUUUGACCCAUCUGCCAAUUAAUUAUGCAUCGACUGGGGAGGAGUCAGACUACAGAUGAGGUCUUACAAAAACAAGAGAUGCUGCAGUCUGAACCGACAAAUCCCACAGACCAACACUUCAUUUAAGAGCUGAUGUACCUCUCUUAAACAUGACAAGGGGAGUAAGAUGGGACAAUCGUGGCGUUUUCCACAGAAGCAUGUUCCUCAUGCGGGUUCUGCUGAGUCUGUUUUCUCUGGUCUUUGUGAUCUGGAAUGGCGAGGCGUUACCUGUACAAGAUAAACAAUCACAAACCAAUGAGAUACUGUCCAAAGAAGAGGAUGGGUUGAAGAUGAUAACAUAUGUGGCAGAGCUGAACCUCACCAGUAAAGAACUGGCUGAUCUUGACGCUGAAUUGUUGAAUGGCAAACUGUGGGAGAAGUCUGAUAAAUCUUCUAAAGAUAAAUCUCCUUGCAAGCUCUUCUUCUGGAAGACCUUCUCCUCGUGUUGAGUCUGGGAAAAUGACAGAGCAGACAUUGAUGAGUGUUUAAAUCUACAGUCCUGCCUUUAAAGUUUGCCAAUCUAAUCAUGUAUUGUAUUGAAAUUAAGAGAAUGUAUCCCUUUGGCUUCUGCUGGAAUAUAGUUUUUUUAAAAUAUACUUUUAAAUGAAUGAUUUAUACUGAAUGAAACCUCUUUUUAUUUGAGUUAUUUCCAGGCCUUUUGCAUGCCCAUUUGUACUGUUUGACAUCCUGUUUGAAACAUGUAAUAAAAGUAAUA